AUGGCCAGGGCGCAGCGCUCGCCCUCACGUGCGGUUCCUUUGCAGGAUGAGCGGUGCCGACUGCGGCUGGAGAUGGUUCGGCUGGCGCCUGUGGGGAGGAUGCUGGCUCUGAGGCCCAGGCGUGAGGGUUGCGGCACCGAGUUCUGCUACCACUGCCAGCACCCCUGGCACCCCGAUGGCCCCUGCGCGCCAAUGCCGCCGGCCCCCAGCCUGGCCAACCCUGCGGCACAGCUAGCCCACCCAGAGGACGCAGCCCAUGCUGAGGCCGAGGACAUCAAGGUCUGUCCCCGCUGCAGUGCCUUCAUCAUGAAGAUUAACGAUGGGAGCUGCAACCGCAUGAACUGCACGGUUUGUGGCUGCCUCUUCUGCUGGCUCUGUCUGCAGGAGAUCUCCGACGUGCACUUCCUGAGCCCCUCCUUGCCAGGACCCUCUCUGCUGCCUGCCCCACCGCCCUCUGCCAGUGAGGGUACUUCCAGCCUGGAGAGGUGGGGCUUGGGGCGGGUGCUGGGCCAGAGCCGGAGGAGCAGCCUGUCGGGGUGCCAGCAGUGCCUCUCUGUCACCAGCAGUGUCCUCCUCUCUCUCUUUGUGUCCCCCAUCAUAACAGCUGUCACGGUGGUGAAUGAGCUGUGGUCGGUGCUGCCGAGCCCCAGAGGGGGCGAGGAUGGAGCCCGGGACACGACCGCCUCCUUGCCCAGCAGCAGCUACAGCCCGCGGCGCGGGGCGGUGUGGAAGGGGCAGGACAGCCAGUCAGCCAGCACGGUGGCCCUGGCGGGGAGCAUGCUGAGCGAGGGCCAGGACACGUCCUACAGGGAAGGCAUCAACAUCGAGGUGGAGGUGUCGAUCGAAGCAGUGCCGCAUCCUGCCCGGGAGCAGAGCCUGUGCAGCGCCCCGUCAGGGCAGAGUCUCUCUGGGGACUCCCUGGGAGGCACCAGUGACAGAUGCAGCGUCCUGGGUGUCCCUGCAGAGUGAGAGGCAC